AUGACCCACCAGGCUCUGACCGAGGACGACCAAGAAGUGUUGAACAUGAUGGACCUUCGUUUGGAGUUGAACGAGGAUUUCGACCAUCUGCUGUUUUCGAGAAAGGUCGACCAGGUGGCGGAGGGAGCAGGUGUGGGAGGGGGUGCCGACCACGAGGGAGGAGGCGAGAAGACGGGACGCGUCGUGAUUGAGUACAGCGUCGAGGAGGAGGAGAUCGAGGAGGAUACAUCGAGGCAGGCUCAGCACGGGGCGAGCGGCCCGGGCGGCGAUGCGAACCAGGACGAGGACUCGAGCUCGGGAUCUAGCUCCGGCUCGAGCUCGAGCGAUGAGUCGGUCGAGGACGACGGCGAGGGCGCCGGACAUAGAACGGAGCGUACGGGGGAGCACGGAGUGGCGCUCGGGGAGCGGGUGGACGAGCGAGUCGAGCUUAUCGAGCAGCAGGCGACAGGGGAAACUAAGGCUGUCGAGGAGCAGGAGGGCGGAGCGGCUGCGCAUGAGGGUGGGGUCGGAGGGCAGCAGCAGGUGGUGGGCGAGGCGGCUGCGCAGGAGGGCCGAGCAGGAGGGCAGCAGCAGGAGGGCGUGGCGGCUGCGCAGGAGGGUGGGGCAGGAGUGCAGCAGCAGGAGUUUAGGGUUGCGGCUGCGCGGGUGGGUGGGUCGGGAGGGCAGGAGCAGGAGGUCGGGGAGGCUGCUGAGGAGUAUCGUCGAGGAGAUGAGCGACAGGCCGCCGUAACAAGGAGUCACCGCACGGCCAGUGGCAGCGGACAGGCGGGCCCUUCGACCGGGUGGCCUUCGACGGCAGGCCAAUCGACGGCGAACGUUGCACCCGGAGGCCAGGUCGUCGAGCUACUGCAGAGGGUCGAGAAGGUCGAGGCGUCGCAGAAGCAGCUCGCCGCCGAUGUAUUUGCGAAACACACUGAGCAAGCCGGAGUAUUCAACAGGCUUGCUGCGGAUUUUCGGACGGCGUGGAAUACGAUUUCGGAGUCGUCGAAGAGCACACUGUCGCAGUGCGCCGAGGCUGUGAAGGGUGUCACGGCGGAGAGGAACCUGUUGGAAGGGGCGCGGGCGAAGAUCGACGAGAUGAGCGGGAAGAUCAUCGAGGGGGUGGCAGCCGCCAUCACAAAAGCGAGCAAGGACGCCGUCGAGAAGCAGCUCAAGCAGGUCGAGGAGCGGCUGGUUGCUGCGGUGCUGAAGGGUUUCGAGAAAGCCAUCAUGGAGGACAUGUUCUGCUCCACCCUCCCACGCGAGACCAUGAAGGAGCUGAAGGACAUUGUGAGGGAAGGCUACCAUGAAGCCGAAGCACGGAGGUUGGAAGUCCUCACCGAAGCGAUGGCGAGAGGUUUUCAGCGCUCGGCGGGCCCGUCGACGAGGUCGCGUCAGGAGGGUGUGGGAGGGGUUCGCAGCGGGGCUGAGCCUCGAGGUCACGAGCGGUCGGUUCCUCCGUCUUCUUCGGUGGAAGGACAUGUCGGCAGCCCGGUUGGAUCCCCACCGGCGCGUGGCCGUCAUCCCGUCGCCAAGCCCGUCGAGGAAGUCAUCGUACUCGACCAGUCGCCCCUCCCGAAGACCUCCGUAGCGGCUCCGAUCGAUCCACCUGAUGCGUUUGCUUCGAUGCGGGACAUGCUGCAAGGCCUGGGGAAAACGGGUGGGAAAGGAGUGGUCGCGGGAGAGAAAAGUGGUGCCCCGAACGAGCACAUCACCUCGAUCGGGAACAGAGCCCUAGGAAUGCGAGGUGCCUCUACCCCGUCAGGCGGCGGUGCGGGGAAAGGAGCGGGAGAAGCAAGCGCUGGGUUGCUGUCGAAGACUAAAGCUGCAUCAGCUGCGCACGGCGGUGGUGCUGGCCUUGCUGUCGGGCUUGUGGGAAAUUGGGCGUCUUCCUCAACCCCUCCAGUUGCUCCUGUCGCCGCUGCUCCGUCCCUAGGCAACGUUUGUCUUAGCGAUCCGGGCUCCCCUUCAACGUCGAAGAAGAAGCCGGCUGCGACGAAGUCGUCGAAGCGCGCUGCACACGCGACAGAGAGCCUUGACAUGGUGGAGCUGGCCAGCGUCCCUGGUCAGGCGCCUGUCGAGAAGACCUCUAUUGUCGUUGCUGCUUGA